CCGGAAGGUCUCCCGCGGGUCCUCCGCCGGCUGCCGCCAUGUACCGGCAAGGCUUCCGGCCCCCCACGCCCCCUGGCUCCGGCUUCCGCGGUCCUCACCCGGGAGGUGGCGGCGGCCCUCCCUUCCCGGGCUCCCCUCAGGGCUACGGGAGCCCCCGGCACACGUCCCCCUACGGGCACCGCGCGCGGCCCUACGACUUCGGGGGGCCCUCGCCGCGCCGGCCCUGCAGCGCCAGCCCCGGCGGCGGCGGCUACGCUCCCUACGGCGGAGGCGGCAGGUCCCCCGGGGGGGCCUUCCAGCAGCACCAGCAGCAGCAGCAGCCUUUCAAGCAGCAGCACUCCGGGGGCUUCCGGAGAUAUAGCCAGGGAUCACCCAGGACAUCUACCCCAUUGGGAACACCACAUGGCAGAGAGAAAAGAGGGUCUAAUGAUGAUGUGGAAAACUAUUACAAACCUUCAAUGCUUGAAGACCCCUGGGCUGGCCUAGAGCCCAUAUCCGUUACGGAUGUUAACCAGCAAUACAGCAGUGAGCAAACUACAUACACUGGCAAAAAGGGGAGGUAUUUCAGUUAACAUUUCUGCAAGUGGGAAAACGAAACAACUGUGAGAAAACUGGGACAACCUUCAUACGUAAGAUGGCAAGUAAUAAAGAACUUAAAAAAUGCUUUUAUUUGAACUGACCAUAUGGCAGUAGGACAUCCACCUAUGAAGAACAAAAUAUUCUUUAGUCACCAGCAAAUCAGUCUGUGUCAGUUUCUUAUAUUCAUCUCUUCCAUGCCAGAUUAUACAGUAUUAACCUGAGAAAGCGGUAUAUUUUAGGUUUGAACAUUUUAGUUUUAAAAUAAAGUAAAUGUUUUGUAAAACUCACAAAUGCUUUACUACUUUUUGUUAAGUCGUACUAGAGGUAAUACUAUUGAAAUGUCUUGCAGCCUGUAAAUACAUGUAGCUUAUAGAAGCUAUUAUACAAUAUCUGCUAAAAUUGUUCAACAUUAGAAUUGCCAAUCUUGCAACCUUUUCUGUUCAGAAAGUCAUCUUUACCUAUAUAUUUUCGUAUUUGAAAAAUUCUAUUUGGGAACAAAACUUUACUAAUUUGUAACAAAAGACCACCUUAUAAAAAUCCAUGUUGAACCUGCAUACAAAAAUUACCUCAUUUAAAUAAGCCACUAAGUAGAACUGGGUAAACCUAGGGGCAACAAAGAUUUGUGCGCCUGAUAAAUACACUGCUUCUGUCAGUUUUUCAAAUGUCAGCUUUUGUUAGGGUUUUUAUUUAGGAGUACAAGAUGACUGGGCUUUGCGAGUUUGGUUUUUGCUCUACAUUUCAAAAGCAGAUUAAUAGAGAAUGAAAUAAGUUAGUGCAAAAUCUUUAACUUACUUGAGUCUGAUAAUUUUUGGAAACCUCACAAUACAUUUUCUGCUACUUGGCUUUGUAGACCCUUGAGUAACUGGACUUGCUUCAGUUUUUAAAAAUGCAGCUUUUCAUGACUUUAUUUCUGUAGUGUCCAUGGUGGAUUUAUUCGCCACCUGUGGUUAUAACUUAUGGACUACUUAUUUUAUAUUACUGCUGCUAUACCAGCAAGAAUGGAAAGUAUAAACAUUCACAUUUUCCCAGUUUAAACCUAAUGGAGAAAUUAAAUAUUUUGAUAAGGAAAGGAAAUCUAGCAAUGAGUUGGUUAUGCGUAUAAUUUAGAGGUGCAUUCAGACAACACUUUUUUUAGCUCACCCACAAAUAGAUUUACUUCAAAAAAGGAUUUAGAGGUUUGUGUACAGAGCUGUUGCCUAAUGUCCAAUGCCUAUGAUGCAGCUUUCUCUGUGUAGCAGGCUAAAUUGUGAACUUCAAAAGCUACAGGGGGUACCUAUGUAUGUAAAAGUUUAUCAUGUUUAGUACUUUUUGGAAAUCAAAUACAGUAUAUUCCUGCGUAUAAGACUACUUUUUAACCCAGGAAAAUCUUCUCAAAAGUCAGGGGUCGUCUUAUACGCCGGGUCGUAUUUCUUAUACAGUGAGUAUAUCCCAAACUCUAUAUUUUAACUGGAAAAGUUGGGGGUCGUCUUAUACGCCCAGUCGUCUUAUACGCCGGAAUAUACGGUAACCAACUGUUUUGGAUUUCUAUAAUACAAAAUCUUUGCAAAGGGUAUGGAUUUGAUUUGAUUUUUAUUUUUUUUAAUAAAAAUGCUGUUGAAAUCGAAGCAUCAGUUCUACAUUGUUUUUGAGACAAGUCUUUUCACAAUAAACACAUCCAUUUCCCAGUAUGAUUACUCAUGAGUCACUUGCAUUUGCUAGUUACAGAUAGGUAGCCGCCGUGUUGGUCUGACAUAGUCGGAACAAAAUAAAAAAAUUCCUUCCAGCAGCACCUUAGAGACCAACUAACUUUGUCAUUGGUAUGAGCUUUCGUGUGCAUGCACACUUCUUCAGUGUGCAUUUGCUAGUCAUUGAAACCAGAUUACUCUUCUGAAAUCUGAGUAAGCAAUUAGCACUGCCAAGAACCUGCAUCAACCACAUAUAAUCUUAAACUACUAAAGCUUGUGUUUAUAUGCAAUAUAAGGCUGUGGAAAUUGCCGACAAGCAGCUCAUCACAUGGGAGAUGUAACAUUUGAACAGUAUCUAUGUUACUGGUGGAUUUUAAGUGCUCUAAUGAACCUGCAGCCCCCUUCUACUUGUUUAGCCAAUUCAUGUGAGUAAUCUCUCCUUUUAAGCCAAAUUAUUCCUAAAUAAACUGAAUUUAAUACAACUGUAUUAUUUGAUAGCCAAUUAAAAAUGGUUUACAAAUGAGUUUAAUGCAAGGUAACUUGAUUUACAGGAAAUAACUAAUGCAAAUGUUGUUUAGUCGUGUCCGACCCUUCAUGACCCCAUGGACCAGAGCAUGCCAGGCACUCCUGUCUUCCACUGCCUCCCGCAGUUUGGUCAGACUCAUGUUUGUAGCUUCGAGACACUGUCCAACCAUCUCGUCCUCUGUCAUCCCCUUCUCCUAGUGCCCUCAAUCUUUCCCAACAUCAGGGUCUUUUCCAGGGAGUUCUCUUCUCAUGAGGUGGCCAAAGUAUUGGAGCCUCAGCUUCACGAUCUGUCCCUACAGUGAGCACUCAGGGCUAAUGCAAAUAGUAGGUGCUAUAUGGUAGUGUGGUUAGCAGCAACCACACUAUUGAAUAAGGUAUGGCUUAAACACUGUUGGGUUAUUAAACUAACCCAUUUCCAGUGUCUCAUAGAAAUGUAGAUUUGGAAGUCCAACCUCCUGCAAUGCAGAAAUCUCAAUUAGAUCAUACAUGGCACAUGGCCAUUCAACCUCUGCUUAAAAUCCUCCAAGGGAAGAGAAUCCACCAGCUACCAUCCACAAGAAGAGAAUUAGGGUGGAAAGCCUAAGGUAAACUGAGGGUGUGUGGAGGCUAAAUUAUAAGCAAUCACAUUAUGAAGAUGUUCAACAUGUUUACUGUUUACAUCAAGGGUUGUAAACAACCCCCUUUUUGCCCAGAGGCUUGCAUUCAAUUUCGGCCAGUCCUUGAGGGACUGCAUGCCAACAACUUCUGUGACUACACACACACACACACAGGUCCCCUUCUUGAACUAAUCCAUGCAGAUCAGCUGAGAAGGGAAGAUUUAUCACCAAUCUGAUGACAAAAGAAUUGCUGGGCAGUCCCUGCAACUUUAAACAAUCUCCACCAAUCACAGUGCUGUCUCUACUUAAAAGCAAGCUUUUGCCAGCUCUAGAAGGGGGUGAGGUGGCAAAAGCGGAGGUUUUUGUACAGAAUAUUUAUCCCCAAAUAUUUAUCCAUAAGUGUAAUUAAGCAAUAGACUUUUUUCCCCUAGGCAUAAUCCCUUUUAGCCUAGCAAUAAGGAGGCAGGAUGGAGGGUCCCCUAGUGUCCUUAAGGAACAAAGAAUGUGGGAGAAGAAACAUUGGAAAGAGAAAAAAUCACUGCAUCCUUUUCAACUUGCGUUGAGACACAGGUAAAAGGUAAUAAGUAAAUACAUACUA